AUGCUCCCUUUGAGUUUUACCAUCUUCCUCCUGCAGCCUGCCCUCUUAACUUGCUAUGUCGCUGAUGAUGACUGUCUCCACAGCAGGAGUACCAGUGUGCACAAGGACGGAGAUGUAGUAGUUGGGGGAUUUUUCUCUCUUUAUACCUACAUCUAUUUCAGUGAAGCCACUGACAUGAAGCCCAGCAAGGACUUGCUUAUCCAGCAGCUUGUGCCCACCAACUACCAGAAUGCUCUAGCCUUCAUUUAUGCCAUUGAAGAGAUCAACACGAAUCCUCAACUUCUACCCAACACAUCUCUAGGGUAUGAGUUCCAUAACUUACUGUAUAAUCAUUGGAGGCUAUUGGAGAGUUUCUUCAUUUUGCACACAGGACAGGAUGUGAUCCCCAACUAUACCUGUGGGAGAGAAAGCAAGUCUGUAGCUUUAAUAACAGGAACAUCAUGGGCCAACAGUGCUCAAACUGGAAUGCUACUAGAACUCUACAAAUUUCCACAGCUUACCUUUGACUCUUUUGAUCCUAUGUUUAAUGAAAAUGGCCAGUUUCCUUCCCUCUAUCAGACUGCCCCAAAGGACACAUCACUGGCCAUUGGCAUGGCUUCCUUGCUUCUUCAUUUCAGCUGGACCUGGGUAGGACUCAUCAUUACAGAUGGUAAGAAAGGUGUGCAGUUUCUCUCAGACGUGAGAGAAGAGAUGGACAGGAAUGGAGUCUGUGUGGCAUUUGUUAAAAUUCUCACAAAUGUUCUUGUGUCCUAUGUCUCAAUGACACAACACCACGAUUUCAUCACCAGGGAAUCAUCUCCGGUAAAUGUAGUUAUCAUUUACUAUGAUACUGAGAGUCUCAAUACUGUAAACCAUUACAUCGGGCUGCAUUUAGUGACAUGGAGAGUCUGGAUCACAAAUUCACAAUGGCAUGCUGACACGACUGGGAGAAACUUCAUAUUUGAUUCUUUCCACGGAACUCUCAUAUUUUCACAACACCAUGGGGAGAUUUCGGGUUUUCAGACUUUUGUGCAGACAGUUAACCCCUCCAAAUACCCAGAAGAUACUUUCCUCACUCUGUAUUGGUUCCAGAAUUUCCACUGCUCGUUAUCAGAUUCUGACUGUACGGUGAAGGACUGUGCACCUAAUGCCUCUCUGGAAUGGCUGCCUGUGAAUCGCUUUGACACAGCCUUGAGUGAUGGGAGUUACAACACAUACAAUGCUGUGUAUGCCGUGGCCCAUGCCCUCCAAGAGAUGCUCCUUCAGCAAGCUGAAAUGAAACCAGUGAGAAAUAGGGACUCGACGGAGCUUUCCCCCUGGCAGCUGCACCCCUUUCUGAAGAAAUUGCAGUUUAAUAAUCCUGCUGGAGACCAAGUAAAUUUAGAUAAUAAAAAUAAAAUGGAUGUAAAGUAUGACAUUCUCAAUUUUUGGAAUUUCCCAGAAGGACUUAGACUUCGGGUGAAAGUAGGAGAAUUUUCCCCUCAUGCUCCACUUAAGCUACAAUUGUCUCUUUCUGAGGACAUGAUAGAGUGGGCCACUGGAAUUAUACAGACUCCACACUCUGUCUGCAGUGAGAGUUGCCGUCCUGGAUUCAGGAAAUCCCCGCAGGAAGGAAAGGCUGCCUGUUGUUUUGAUUGUACCCCUUGCCCAGAGAAUGAGAUCACCAAUCAGACAGAUAUAGAACAGUGUGUGAAGUGUCCAGAUCAUCAGUAUGCCAAUGCUCAGAGAAAUCACUGUCUACAAAAGUCUGUGACAUUUCUGGCUUAUAAAGACCCACUGGGAAAAACCCUGGUUGUCACAGCCCUGAGCUUCACUAUUCUCACAGCUGCUGUUCUUGGGCUCUUUGUGAAGCACCAAGACACUCCUAUUGUCAAAGCCAACAACCGGGCUCUCAGUUACUGUAAGAAAUUCUCUUACAUUGUCAUUACAUGGCAGCUUGGCAUGAAGUGUGGUCAGGAGGCAGUGACCUUUGCGGAUGUGGCUGUGAACUUCACUGUGGAGGAGUGGGCUUUGCUGAAGCUGUCCCAAAAGAAGCUCUACAGAGAUGUGAUGUGGGAAACAUUUAUGAACAUGGUUGCUAUAAUACAUGACAGAAGCCACACUGCAGAAAAAUCAUAUGUAUGUAAGCAGUGUGGGAAAGCAUACAGUACAUGGCAGUGUUACCAAAUACAUAACAGAAGGCAUGCCGGAAAGAAAACCAAUGUGUGUGAGCAAUGUGGAAAAGGGUUUUCUUCUAACAUUUCACUUUGUAAACAUAAAAAAAACCAUACUCAGGAGAAACCCUACAUAUGUAAGCAAUGUGGGGAAGCAUUCAGUACUCACCGGCAUUGUCAAAUACAUAAAAGAAUGCACACUAGAGAGAAGGCUUAUGUAUGUAAGCUCUGUGGGAAAGCUUUCAGUACACAAACUCGUUGUCAAAGACAUGAACGAACUCACACUGGGGAGAAACCCUAUGUAUGUAAGCAUUGUGGGAAAGCUUUCACUGCACACUCUCAUUGUCAAAUACAUGAGCGAACUCACACUGGGGAGAAACCCUAUAUAUGUAAGCAUUGUGGGAAAGCAUUCAGUACAUGUGGUUCUUGUAAAAUACAUGAGAGAACUCACACUGGGGAGAAGCCCUAUAUAUGUAAGCAUUGUGGGAAAGUUUUCAGCAGUCACAGUUACUGUCAAAUACAUGAAAGAAUUCACACUGGGGAGAAACCCUAUGUAUGUAAGCAUUGUGGGAAAGCAUUCAGUGCAUGUGGUUCUCGUAAAUCACAUGAAAGAACUCACACUGGGGGGAAACCCUAUUUACGUAAGCAUUGUGGGAAAGCAUUUGGUACAUGUAGUACUCGUAAAACACAUUAA